AUGAAAUUUAGAUUUAAAGAUCUUGUUAAACAAGAACAAAAUUUGUUACAACCCAGUUUUAUUUGUACAUAUAAUAAUCAGACUACAAAAAUUACAAAUACACCUUCAGAAGCUAUAAAUACACUUUAUCGUCAAAUUUAUAAUGAAAAUACACAAUAUUCAGGACUAGCAAUUAUAGGAUUUAAUAAUCCUUGGAUUGUUCAAAAGCUUUUAGAAGGAAUCGAAUUUAUAUCUCAUUUUAUUAAAGUUGAUUCUUUUUUAAUCGUCAUAUCAAAUAUAGGAAUAAAUGCAUUAAAUAAUUUUAAAACUAACUUUACCUCAUCGCUUUUAACUAAACUUGAAAGCAAUAGAUGUUUUGUAUUACAACAGCUUACUGAACAUGGUGCUUCUUUGGAUUUUUAUACUAAAGAUCAACUAAAAAAACAUUUUGAAGAUGAAAUACCCACAAUGGUCUGGAAAAAAACUAGAAUUCUAAAAAAAUAUAAUGGAAACAUGCUUUUUGGAUUAGAAAAUACAAUGAUCCAACAAGCAAUGCAAAAUAAAUCCAUUUUUGAUAAUAUUACCUGUUCACCUGAUAAUUGUACGAUUUUCGUUGUUCGCCGACGGCGAGGUGGGGGGGAAAGAAUUGGCGGGGCGCGGCAAAAUAUUGCUGGAACUUGCCUUGCCAAUUUGGAACCAAACAGAGAUCAAGAAGUAAGUAAUUUAUCUGACAAGAUAGAUGAAGAAAAUAAUAAUAAAAAACAUACACCACCUGCAAAAAAAAUGAGUAACAAAAAAGCCAAAGUCAAAAUGAUCCCUGGAAUAUCAAAAUAUUAUUUACGGCAGUGGCCUAUUAAAGGUCCAACUGCCGGAUAUAUUUUGGCACAACAAUGCCUUUCAUUGACUUCAGAUCACACAACACCAACUUCCAAAUGGACAAUUCCAAUUCCAAGUUUACUGCCAUUAGAAGAUAAUGAUGUUGAUAUGCUAGAUGCUAUUGACCUAGGGAGUACCGACUUAAGUGAAGAAUAUAUAGCUGAAAAUAAAGACAAAGGUGGUGGUAAAAGAAUGUCAGAGAAUGUGAAAGAAUUAUUAGAAUGCUUGUUUUUAAAUGGUAAUCUUAAAAUCAGUGACCAAAUGACAGCACAAGACAUGCAUGAUGCAUUGGAUAAGUUUGUUGAGUCUGGUGAAAUUAAUGAAGAAGAUAUAUCUAAG